AUGGGAUUUGCAAUAGCGAUCGCUGUCAUCGGCAGCGCGGUGAUCUUGCUCAGUGGCACCGCUGAUGCGCAGAACCGUACCGCAUCCACUGCAAAGCCAGCGGAAGGCGUCAUUAACCUGCAGAACCGUACCGGAUCUCCAUCAAAACGCACCGGUAAUCGCCCCGAAUCCGUUGGAAACCGUACCGAAUCCGUCGUAAACCGUACCGAAUCCACCGGAAAUCGUACCGAAUCCGUCGGAAACCGUACCGAAUCCGCCGGGAAGCAAACGGAAACCGAAGACCGCCUAUACCGGCCAGUUAUAACACCCAUGUUAGCUCAGUGCUCCGCAGCCUUCAAAGUGGGCUGCAAAUGUGGUGAAAUUCGCGUCCAGUGUGCCUUUUGCGACAUGACCUGCAGCAACCGAAAUCCCAGAUGUCCCGCGGUCUGCACACCCGGAUGCGCAUGCAUGGGAGGAUACGUUCGCACCGCUAACGGCUGCGAUCCGGUGUCAACUUGCCCGCCGCCGCCGCCCCCGCCACCACCGAUCAAGCCGCCGGUCCCAGUCAAGCCGCCCAAUAUGCCGAUGCCCCCCACCACCACCCCUUACUGUGACCGAUACUGCAUGAUGGUUCAACCUGGCUGGCUGACUGGCUGGUUCUGA